AUGCUUUCCCCAAUUGUUAUCGGCCUGACUUUACUCUUUUCCGCGUAUCUUUUCUCUUCGUACUGGCGGUUACGACACAUCCCCGGUCCUUUCCUUGCUUCCUUUUCGAAGCUCUGGCUACUAAAGUGGAUGAUUCCCGCAGAGCUACAUGUUGGCUUGCUCGAAGCUGGCCACGUAGUUCGCAUUGGUCCCAAUGAGGUUGUUACUAACAACCCCGAAAUUAUCCGGCGAAUCAAUGCUGUGCGGUCACCCUAUAAGCGGUCAACUUGGUAUAACGGUACUUGUUUCGACCAUAGCAGAAAUCAUGUGUUCUGUGAACGAGAUGAGGCCCGGCAUGUGAAAUUGCGAAAUCAGAUGAUCCCUGGAUAUUCCGGGAAGGACAAUCCCUACCUCGAAUUGAGCAUCGAUAAUCGUCUCACGCAUUUCAUCAGCUUCAUACGUCAGAAAUACCUGUCGUGUUCUGUUGAGGCCUCGAGCUUGGAAAAGCACGAGUCCCAGUCCUCAUACUGCUACAAACCUGUUGACUUCACGCGGAUAACACAGUAUUUUGCGCUAGACGUCAUUUCCGACAUCGCUUUUGGCCAGCCCUUUGGCUUUCUUGAGACCGACUCGGAUGUUCACGACUACAUCAAAACUCAAAAGGCUCUUUUACCUGUCUUUGAAUGGUUUGCUAUGUUUCCCUCGUUGGAGAGACUAACACGAAUUGGAUGGGUGAGCAGACUUCUCAUGCCAAAGACAACAGACAAGAGAGGUCUUGGAUGUCUGAUGGGCGUGGCGGAACGAAUUGUCAAUCAUAGGUAUGCGGCAACGAGUAAGUCUGCUCCCAAAUCAGAUAUGCUAGGCAGCUUCAUCAGACAUGGCCUACCGCAGGAACAAGCCAAGGUCGAGACCGUUCUACAGGUAAUGGCGGGCUCCGAUACCACGGUAACGUCGUUACAAAUGAUUGUUCUUUUCGUGAACACAUCACCUUCCGUCUUGUACAGAUUGCGCGCUGAGCUCGACGCGGCAGAAAAAGCAGGAAAAUUGUCCAGGCCAAUGGCGCGUGAGAGUGAAAUCCAAGCGCAUAUACCCUAUCUUUGUGCAUGUGUAAAAGAGAGCCUGAGAAUGUGGCCACCGGUGCUGGGUCUGGGGUACAAAGACGUUCCUGAAGGUGGUGACACUAUCAAUGGCAUUUUCCUUCCAGCAGGAACUAGCGUUGGGUAUGAUGCUUGGGGAUUGCACCGCUCGAAGGCUGUAUAUGGAGAUGAUGCGGACAUCUAUCGUCCUGGAAGAUGGAUCGACACAAAAGAUGAGAAAAAGCUCUCAGAAAUGAAUCGAUCUGCCGAUCUGGUCUUUUCCUAUGGCAAGAAUGGUUGCUUGGGAAAACCAGUAGCUUUUAUGGAGCUCAACAAGGCUGUCACCGAGCUUUUUCGCCGUUUCGAUAUCUCGCUAGUGAAACCAUGGAAACCAAUCCGCAGUGUCCAAAGGAAUGGACUGUUCGUUCAAUCUGACAUGUGGGGCGUCGUCACCCGCAUCCACAAGGCUCCUGCGAGGCAGACUUCCUUAUGCACUGUUCAUGGUUGUCUAUUCUUCGUCCUCCAAUUACUGUCCGAGCCUGCUUUCAUUACAUCAUGGGGAAACGGACAUCGGGUGUGCUCGGUGCGAUUGAUAACAUACUACUAG